UGGGAGCCGGAGGGAACGGCGUCGUGAUAGAGGAUUGGAGGCUGCGAGGCAGACUCCCGGCCGCGCCGGCCGCAGGGGCGAGCUUCUGCCCUUUUUAAGGUCAAGUUUUCGUGCCGCAGAGCUGACCAGGAUUGUCCCUCCCGGCAGUCUGGAGCUUCCGGGGAUCCGAGCCGAAAGGUCUGGACUCGGAGUUAGUUUACCGUCUUAGGCUAACGGAGCGAGUGAGCAGAAUGAAGACAUUCAGAUGUGGUUUCAAAUACCCCAUUCGGCAGAAAGUUUUCAUCCUGUUUUUAACCCUGUGGCUGCUCUCCUUCCUGAGGCUUCUAAAUGUGAGAAGGCUCCUCUUCCCUCAAAGGGGCAUUUACUUGGUUGAGUACUCCUUGAGUACCUCGCCUUUUGUAAGAAACAGAUACACCCAUGUUAAGAACAAAGUUGAGUAUGAAGUUAACUGUUCAGGCAUCUAUGAGCAGGAGCCUCUGGAGAUUGGCAAGAGUCUGGAAAUAAGAAGAAGAGACAUCAUCGACCUGGAUGAUGACGACGUUGUGGCAAUGACCAGUGAUUGUGGCAUUUAUCGGUCCCUAAGAAGAUACCAUCAAAAGCUUGUUUCAAGGGAGGAGGAAAGCUUCCCAAUAGCCUAUUCUUUGGUUGUUCACAAAGAUGCAAUUAUGGUUGAAAGGCUGAUCCAUGCUGUAUACAACCAGCACAAUAUUUACUGCAUCCAUUAUGACCUGAAGUCAUCUAAUACCUUCAAAGUUGCCAUGAACAAUUUAGCUAAGUGCUUCUCUAAUAUUUUCAUUGCUUCCAAAUUAGAGACUGUGCAGUAUGCACACAUUUCCAGACUCCAAGCUGAUUUAAACUGCUUGUCAGAUCUUCUCAAGUCUUCAGUUCAGUGGAAAUAUGUUAUCAACCUGUGUGGGCAAGACUUUCCUUUGAAAUCAAACUUUGAAUUAGUGUCAGAGUUGAAGAAACUCAAUGGAGCAAAUAUGUUAGAAACAGUGAAACCCCCUAACAAUAAAAUGGAAAGAUUCACUUAUCACCACGAACUCCGACUGGUGCCUUAUGAAUAUGUGAAGCUGCCAAUGAGGACAAACAUCUCCAAGGAAGCCCCACCUCACAACAUUGAGAUAUUUGUUGGCAGUGCUUAUUUUGUUUUAAGUCAAGCAUUUAUUAAAUAUAUUUUCAACAGCUCCCUCGUUAAAGACUUUUUUGCCUGGUCUGAAGAUACAUACUCACCUGAUGAACAUUUUUGGGCUACAUUAAUUCGGGUACCGGGCAUGCCUGGGGAGAUUUCUCAGUCAGCCCAGGAUGUGUCUGACCUACAGAGUAAGACCCGCCUUGUCAAAUGGAAUUAUCAUGAAGGCCUUUUCUACCCCAGUUGUACUGGCUCUCACCUCCGAAGUGUGUGUAUCUAUGGAGCAGCAGAAUUAAGGUGGCUUAUAAAUGAUGGACAUUGGUUUGGUAAUAAAUUUGAUUCUAAAGUGGACCCUGUCUUGAUUAAAUGCCUGGUGGAAAAACUUGAAGAACAGCAGAGAGAGUGGAUCACUUUGUCUUCAGAAAAGUUAUUUAUGGCUAAAAAUCCCACAAUCACAUCAUGAUAAAAUCAUGAUGGAACUAAGGUAUCUGAUGAAGGAAGUUAAUAUGGAAUUAUAUACCAUACUGGGCCCAGUAUCAUUUGAGCUUAACCUUCUCAUCAUUUGAAAGUUCUCUAAAACUCCAUGCACAAACAAAAGGGACCUAGCCUUUGGUGACAAUUAGCCUGCAGUUGGUUGAGUAUUUUUACAUUUGUUUUUGCAUAUAAUCUCGCUGAACUACAUCAGAGAUCUUAAACAGCCAGUCAUCAGAUGUUUGUUGAGCGCCAACUAUGUGCCAUAUGCCUUUUCAGAAACAUGUAGGAAUUAAGUUCAAGUUGUCUGAGUUAACAGUGCCCUAGAGCAACCAUGGCUAACCCUAACCACACAGCAGCCUGUUUGCUUAUGUUCUCCACAUAACAAACAGGAUUCUACCUAAGAAGUUUUGGAGCAUGCAGCAAGCAUAUAACCAUACAAACCACCAAUUUCAGAGUCAUGUUUAAGUACAGCGACUAACACUCCACUUGUCUCUUAGUUCAGUUCCCUAGAGUUUUCUUAACCAUUAGAAUAUUAGAAUGAAAGACUCCACUACCUCAGAAGAGCUCAGAAAGUUGUCCAAUUUCCUGCUUGCCAAAGCAUAAUUUGCCUUUUGGUGCCUCACUGGUUCAGUUCAGGGUCGGAAGACUUGGUGGGGCAUUAAAGUGUAAGAAUGAUAGGGGCCAGUGGGGGGUGGAUGGGGCUCUGGGACAAGUGCCUGAACUUGCAUGACUUGUAUCAUGUCACACAACAGUGUCAUGACUGACCUUUUUAAUUCAGCUCUUUCUUUAAAACACAUUUACUGAUUAAAAAUAAAGGUUGAUUAACAGUUGUAAGUCCGACUCCAGAACAUUGGACCUAAGUCUUUCAGUUCAUAGAUUAUCACUACAUGUAUAUUUUCUUACAGUGGAAUUAGUGUCAUUUUGUCUUAUGGAACUAUCAAGCUAAGAGUCACUGAAUAUUCCUGAAAAGAUGUGUGAAAUAUGAUAGCUUUCUAAAUUAACUAUUAUGGUCAUUUAAGUAUUUUUCUUACUUCUCCAGCAACUGUCCAAGUAGAAUCCAAACUUAAAAUUAGACAAGCUCUAGGUUCAUUGCAAUCUCACAGCUUAGAUCCAGAGAGGAAAAAAAACUGACUUUCCUAAGGACAUAUAGCAAGAAUAUUCAUUAAUAAUAUGUAAAACCUACACCUUAGGAAACUACCAAGUGAGUCAAAUAUACCUAUAUUUUAAUGUAACUGUAUUGUGCUGGAGGUGAAAUGGGACAGCAGCAGGCUCCUGAGAACAGGCUGUAACACCUUUAUGUCUCUUGGGAAACCAUGGAACUCAUGUAAAAAUUUCUCAGUGAUCUUAUGUUUCCAUGUCAGCCUCAGAACCUACUACAAAGAUGUAAUAAUCAAGGCCAAUGUGAGACUAUUUAGAAGAUUGAAGAUUUAAACAUUGUUUUAAAUGUCUGUUCUACCUGUGAAAUGCACUUUGCUUGUUUUAAAGUUCAUGGUACUAAUUGCCAAGUGGCACUUCUCUUGAGCUCAUUUUUCUUCCUCUUUUUCCUCUCCCCUCUUCAAAUUACUUCAUUCUUCCAAAACAACUGUGACCAAGGCUGUUUUUAGAGGUAAGCGGAGCUAAGUCCUGAAGAAGAUCCUCACCAGUUCGUUAGUGUGUGUGACAGUGACAAGCUAAGUCACCUUGGCCUAUUAUGUGCCUCAGUUUCCUGAUCUUUAAAGUGAGCACUUGGACGCCUACCUGGCUUCCUCAUAAGUUUGUUUUUGUGAGAAUCAAUUGAAAUAGCAAAUGGAGUAGUUUGAAAAUGGGGACAAACAAUUGAGAUAUCAGAGAGCAGUCUUAUUAUAAAGGCAAACAGAGAUCCAUACACUGUGAGACUAAACCAUUUACCUUUUGUGAGAUACUUUCAAAAUACACAAAAAAGCCACAGUUGCAGGGGCAGCUUCCUUGAGUGGAUCCAGGUAUGAGGAAAGGCCCGCCUCCUCACCUGGGGUUCUUUUUAAGCCAGUAGGAUUAGCAAAUUGGUCCAGGGGCUUUGAUCUGGAGUGGGGAUAGAAAUACUGUUCCUACCGCCCAGGCUUAAAUACACAAGGUCCUUUUGAAGUCAUAGUUUUUAUGUCUUUGGUUCUCUGAGUAAAUGUAAAUGCUGAACAACAAAAAUUGACUUCCUGGUCCAGGAUCUUGCCUCCUGGUGAGAAAUGAUCUUAUCCCUUGUUUACUAGGAAGUUUUCCAGCUGUUCAUCCCUUUGAUGCCAUGUUCAAAUGAAAAACAGCACCGUGAGAAGGAUGGCAGUGCCUUCUUCACCCCCCAACCCCCACCCCGACCUGUUCCUCAGGAUUCCGUCCCUCACACUCAGGGAGCUGGUCGGGUCACUCUCUUUUGCCUUGGGAAUCCUGCAGAUUCCCUGCAUGCCUUCAAACCUGAUUCUUCCCUAAAACCUUUUGGUAUGACUCCCUCUGGUCUGGAGAAUGUUCUGCAGCCUGUUUUAUAAUUAUUCUUCACAUAGUAUUUAUUGAAUCUAGACUCUUAAGUUAUUUGGCAAUGAGAGCAGGACUUUGAAGUUUGUAAACUGUAUUAGAUAUUAAUAAUGGAAGAGCUACCAGAAUAUAUCUACAUUAUGUGAAUAUCCUACUGUAAUAUUUAAAGACCAGUGUUGCUCCUAUUUUUAAUAUUUUGCUGACUUUAGGUGAAAUAUAUACAUAUAUAUAUAUAUUCCUCCUUUCCUUAAAUAUAUAUAAAAUGUU